UGUGUUUCUCUGCUAAUAGAAUUCAGGGAUUGAGAAGGCCUUCCUGUUUGACGUUGUCAGUAAGAUUUACAUCGCCACCGACAGUUCACCAGUGGACAUGCAGUCCUAUGAACUCUGCUGUGACAUGAUCGAUGUGGUCAUCGACGUCUCCUGUAUUUAUGGAUUAAAGGAGGAUGGCACUGGCAGUGCAUAUGAUAAGGAGUCUAUGGCCAUCAUCAAACUCAACAACACCACAGUGCUCUACCUGAAAGAGGUCACCAAGUUCCUCGCCCUGGUCUGCAUCCUGAGAGAAGAGAGCUUUGAGCGCAAAGGAUUAAUAGACUACAAUUUCCACUGUUUCCGGAAAGCCAUUCAUGAGGUGUUCGAGGUGGGCAUUUCCACCUCAAGGACAAGCACUCAGCCAGCUGGCACCCCUCUCAUGAAGACUGUUGCCUUAAACGGAACCCCCAGGAGCACUGUGUAGAAAGAUAGCGAUAAAGACAAUGAUGAAAAGUGUGGAGACGAAGGACAAUGUAACAAAAGAGAGCGACUACAGGAUGGGUCGCAUUCUUUAUGCUGACCAUCAUUACUGCUCCCAAACGCUUUACAAGCAAAAGAGUUUGAAAGUCAUUAAAAUAAACUUGCUGCAGUGGGUGGGGCAGAAAUAUAACAUGGGCAAGCUUGCAAAGCUACGGAUGGAUGGAAGGAAAAAGGCACAAAAGAAGGUGGAACACCUUUUUUUGUGACUAAAAGGCAUUAACAAACUGUUCCUCAAAAAAACAAGUAACAAUGUGCAAGUCACUGAGGAAUAAAAACAAAAGCACAGCAAGAAACCUCUCACCCUGUCAGGCCAAACCGCCUGACAACUUGGAUGAAUGCUGUAUGAUACUCUGCUGGUCACUUAACACAGUAGCCAAGUUUAAACGCAUAAACCGGUUUACUCCUCAACACGUGAAUGUGGCAGACUUCUGUGAAAAUUUGUGGUGCACAAAAUUUGAGUGUACACUUCUGAAGCCUUACGUAGAGGAGGCCUGUCUGAUGCAAGCCCUUAGUGCACACAUGCAUACUCGGUCACCUAAACAGCCCAUGUAUUGUGUAUGAAAGGUUAGUAAAGGGAUUGAAAUGUGGUUUUGAAUUUGUCUUGAGUGUGUGUGUGUGUGUGCACAUGCAUGUAUGCAGUGGAGAGGGAUAUGCACCAGUUUGAUGGCCCAGAGAUGUUGUGAAGUCACACAUGGGAGAGCGUUUGCGACUCUGAAGACUGAGAAAGAGCUGUACCGUUCCAUUUGACCUCUGGAACACUGUGAUUGCACUUACCUCGGAGGAUGUCAGGGAUCAUAACUAGCAAAAUUCAAACUGCUAUGCUGUACUGUUGCCGUCCAGUUACGUUACGGCAUCCUUGGCAUUUAGCUCAUGCAAUCUGAGGACAUUGUAGGAUGAACUUAAAUUACUUACAUUCCGGUUCUGAGGUGCCAAUGCAGUUUUGCUCCGAUUUAAAACUUUGCUUUCACUCUUCCAAUCAGCAUAAACUGAUCUUCAAGCUUGCUUGUGAUUUCUUGUUUCUCAGACUACAUAUAGGACACAAAUUAUGCUUGUCUUGCGUUUAGCCAAAGGUGUUAUCAUUCACAAGAAAUAAAACAUGUACACACACCGGAAA